CUCUCAAAAUGGACGUCGCGUUGGCCCGACUCUAUCGUAUUGAAUCGAUUGCAAGUGUUGGCCACCGCUGCCAAAGACACACUUGUGUCAGAGAUCAAUGAAAACGUUGAUUUUGAUCCCAAAGUACAGUCCGAACAGACAAUUAUCAUAUUUAGACCAGAUUUGGAUAUUUAUGAUGUCGUGAUUCAACUAAAAUCUGAUCAAAUCGUUAAUCAAAUACAAGCGAUUGAUUUCCCACCGAAAUUCGAGUUUACAAUCAAAAAGUUUGAUCCAGAAGUGAACGAACGGUUGCCAAUCGUAGACUUUGAUCCCGUGGACCGAUAUGUGCGACAAUUACGUGACUCUUAUGGCGAUUACGCGCUGUUCUUCUACGACCGUUUCGGUGGCCGCGAGAUCGGUGUUCUCUGGAGGCCGUCAGUGUUCGAGUGCGAGCCCUUCUGCACGGCGUCGGCCGCCAAAUGCCGGCGAAUGUCCGGCACAGCGGCCGCUAAUGGCGUUCCCAACGUUGGCACUAAUAUUGACGCCAUUAUUGAGGACUUUAGCAUUUUGGGCGAUGGCAUCGUACGGGACGUACACAUCAACACACAUAACUCGGCAUUGAAUUAAAUGAUUAUUUUGUGUUAAAAAGUUAAUUUUAUUAUAUAUUUAUAUAUAGUAACAGAUUUUAUGGCUAAUUGGGGGUUAAAUUAUAUGAAAACAUUGUUUCCAAUUAAUGCCAAACAAUUAACACUCAAAUUAUAUCUCUCGAUCCAAAGCCCGUAUUAUUUCAUUAAACUAUACAUUGAAAACAAUACA